AUGGGAUUGGAGCUCUUUUCGAUGCAAAAUAAUAUGCUUGCUCAAAUCCGAGUAAACGCGGAAACGAUGAGAGAAACGAAUAAACGAUUAUUGGUUGGAUUGGGCGUAAUGUUUGUGUAUCUUUUUGUUGGAGCCAUCGUUUUUUGUCGAAUCGAGUCCCCGAUGGAAAGAAUUGAGAUGGAACUAUAUUUGGACUAUCGUGCGCAAUGGACAGAGAGAUUGAUCGAUUUGGGAAUUGAAGAAUCAGAAGUCGAUCACUUAUUCCGAAACAUUCGAGAAGCGUCUCUGAAUGGGAUUUGGAUGGAGAAGAAUGUGACCAAUGACCCGAAUUGGAGUCUCGGAUCCGCGUUUUUCUUUGCCGGCACAUUGAUCACAACUGUCGGUUACGGUCGAGUUUCGCCGAGGACGGCUCAUGGGAAACUCUUCACAAUCAUUUAUUGUGUUGUAGGGAUCCCGCUGGCGUUGGCUUUGUUAUCAGCACUUGUCACCCGAAUGAAACAACCUUCUGUUUGGCUGCGAUCAAAGCUGAACGCGAAAUUGGGACAUCUCUUUGGAGAAUCACAGCUACAGUUAUUCCAUCUCGGCGCAAUCAUGAGUCUUCUUUUAUUCUUUGCUUUCAUCAUUCCAUCAUGGAUCUUUUCAAAUAUCGAGAAUGAUUGGUCAUUUUUGGACGCUUUUUAUUAUUGUUUUGUUUCACUGACAACAAUUGGAUUGGGUGAUUAUCAACCGGGAGAUGGUCCCGAUGUCGAGUUUCGCGGAUUCUACAAAUUUCUGGCUACAGUCUAUCUCCUGUUCGGUCUUUGCUGUAUGAUGCUUUUCCUUUCAUCUCUUUACGAUCUCCCACAGUUCAACAUCUCGAAAUUCUUCCUCGUCAAAGAUGGCGCCUAUUUUGAUGAGGAUCGAGGAUUGGCGGCUGAUCUCGACUCAACACGUUAUACGAAAUUUGCCCCCGAAACGCCGACGGCCAUUCAAAAUGGUUUCUAUCAAAGCGAAAAUCCACAAAUUCAUCAAAAAAACACGGAAUCAAUUUUCGCUCGU